AUGUACUACUAUGAUUUUCUAGAAAAAAUCUCAGUUCGACGAACACAACAAACACAAGAAGAUAUUGCUACUUCUAGUGUCAUUUUUAAAGUACGCCGCCGUCAGAAUAAUGCCGAUAUGAAUUUUUUGGCUCAAUUUUUACAUGCGUUGAAUGUAUCAAACGCACCACUUACCUGGAAUUCAAUAAAAAGGAAAAUUAGUCUUAACAAGCAGUUUAAAUCUGUUCAUUACAAUUUAUGCUCCAAUUGUGGUGCAAUUGUCAACAAGGGUCUAACGUUAUGCACAACAUGUAAAUGUAGUCAAUUGAUUGAUUUCUUUUAUUACCCUCUUGUCGAACAAAUACAACAUCUUUUAUUGAUUAAUAAUAUUUAUAGUGAUAUGAUUAAUACACGAGUAAAUAAUGUCAAAAAUUUAUCAUGUACACAAUAUGGACACAUUUUAAUGGCUGAAUGUGCUGAUACAUCGUUCACCAUGUUAAUUAAUGCUGAUGGUGUUGUAACAAAAAACAAAAAUAUCAAUUUGUGGCCGAUUACUUUCAUGGUGAAUAAAAUAUCAUUACCACGAAGAAGAUAUACAGAAUGUGUUAUUUUGGGUGGGGUAAUUCCAGCCUCUAUUCAUCCAUCGAAUGCAGUAAUGGCUACAUGUUUGAGCAUUAUCAAUGAAGAUCUAAUUCAAUUAGAAGAUGGCCUAGAAUAUUUCAUUCCAGAAUAUGGUCGUUGCACAUUGAAAUUCUUUUUAAUUGGCUCAUGUUCCGAUAAGCCGGCUCAAAGUUUAAUAGCAAAUAUGUCCGGAUUCAAUGGUGCAUUUGGAUGCGGCAAAUGUUUCGCACAGGGAGAGGUUCACCAUGGAACUAACACAAGAGGAAAAAGAUACAAUAUGCGUAUCUUUCCAUACGAACAGUCCGAACGACGAAACAACAGCGUUUGUCAAAAGUACUGGGGCUUGAAACAAAAGGGGCAUUGCGGUCCAUGUGUGCUGACAACCUAUUUUGAUUCUAAACAUCGAACACAUCCAUCCUCAUUAUAUAAGAAAAUUGAACAAAUUGACGAUGCGCUGGCACAUAUUCGUACACCAACAACGACAUCAAGACGCUUUCGAUCUAUAAAAAAGAUUAAAAAAUUCAAAGCAAAUGAAUUAAAAUCUCUUAUGCAUCAUGGUAGCACGGUGCUAUUGGAAUAUAUGAAGCCUGUUUAUCGUGAACAUUAUUCGUUACUAUUAGCGGCAGUUAAUUUAGCAUCACAGGUAAGCGACAGGAGUUGA